UCCUGCAGCGCGUGUGCGUUGUUCAUCACAGAGCGGCACCAUGGCGGACCCUGAAUAUUUGGGCUUUGAACACAUGGGUCUCGACCACCGCAUCCUGCAGGCUGUCACAGACCUGGGAUGGUCGCGACCUACGCUGAUCCAAGAAAAGGCCAUUCCACUGGCUCUGGAGGGGAAGGACCUCCUGGCUCGAGCCCGCACGGGCUCCGGGAAGACGGCCGCUUAUGCUAUUCCGAUGCUGCAACUGCUGCUUCAUAGAAAAGCGACAGGUCCUGUGGUAGAACAGGCUGUGAGAGGCCUUGUCCUUGUUCCUACCAAGGAGCUGGCACGGCAGGCCCAAUCCAUGAUUCAGCAGCUGGCUGCCUAUUGUGCUCGAGAUGUCCGGGUAGCCAAUGUCUCAGCUGCUGACGACUCCGCCUCUCAGCGAGCUGUGCUGAUGGAGAAGCCAGAUGUGGUGGUGGGGACCCCUUCCCGCAUUUUAAGCCACUUGCAGCAAGAUAACUUGAAACUGCAUGAUUCCCUGGAGCUGCUGGUGGUAGAUGAGGCUGAUCUUCUUUUUUCCUUUGGCUUUGAGGAAGAGCUCAAGAAUCUUCUCUGUCAUUUGCCCCGCAUUUACCAGGCUUUUCUCAUGUCGGCUACUUUUAAUGAGGAUGUACAAGCACUCAAGGAGCUAGUACUACAUAACCCGGUUACGCUCAAGUUACAGGAGUCCCAACUACCUGGACCAGACCAGUUACAGCAGUUUCAGGUGGUCUGUGAUACUGAGGAAGACAAAUUCUUGCUGCUAUAUGCCCUGCUAAAGCUGUCAUUGAUUCGGGGCAAGUCCCUGCUCUUUGUCAACACUCUGGAGCGGAGUUACCGUCUACGUCUGUUCCUGGAACAGUUCAGCAUCCCCACUUGUGUGCUCAAUGGGGAACUCCCACUGCGCUCCAGGUGCCACAUCAUUUCACAGUUCAACCAAGGCUUCUACGAUUCUGUCAUAGCAACUGAUGCUGAAGUCCUGGGACCUCCAGCAAAGGGCAAGCGUCGGGGCCGAGGGCCCAGAGGGGACAAGGGCUCUGAUCCAGAGGCAGGUGUGGCCCGGGGCAUAGACUUCCACCACGUGUCUGCAGUACUCAACUUUGAUCUUCCUCCCACCCCUGAGGCCUAUAUUCAUCGAGCUGGCAGGACAGCACGUGCUAACAACCUAGGCAUAGUCUUGACCUUUGUGCUACCCACGGAGAAGGCCCACUUGGACAAGAUUGAGAAACUUCUCAGUGGAGAGAAUGGGGCCCCUGUUCUGCUCCCCUACCAGUUCCGGAUGGAGGAGAUUGAGGGCUUCCGCUAUCGCUGCAGGGAUGCCAUGCGCUCAGUGACUAAACAGGCCAUUCGGGAGGCGAGAUUGAAGGAGAUCAAGGAGGAGCUCCUACACUCUGAGAAGCUCAAGACAUACUUUGAGGACAAUCCCAGGGACCUCCAGCUACUGCGGCAUGACCUGCCUUUGCAUCCUGCCGUGGUGAAACCUCACCUGGGCCACGUUCCUGACUACCUGGUUCCUCCUGCUCUUCGUGGCCUUGUACGUCCUCAUAAGAAGCGGAAAAAGCUAUCUUCCUCCUGUAGGAAGACCAAGAAGGUGAAAGCCCAGAACCCACUGCGCAGCUUCAAGCACAAAGGAAAGAAAUUCAGACCGGCAGCAAAGCCCUCCUGAGAUCCUCUGGGCCUCUCUGAGACUGAGCACAGUGUGGAACGGGCUUCCCACCCUGCGUGGACAGAGUGGCUCUGGUGCUUGAAGCAGUGCCUGGACAGCCUGGAUUCUGGGGCAGGCAGUGCUGGGAUUCUCAUCUGAUGAGUUCUCACCAUUGCAGUCUGGUGCCUUGGCACUGCCAGGCUGGCGUCUUGCUCCUUAACAACAGAAUAAAGGUUCUGUUGCCCCAGCC